GCGCAGGUUUCCCAGCAUGCCUUUCAUCGGGCCGAGAAGAAGAGGCGUCAUGAUGCAGUCCGCUGGCGGUUAACGUGAUAAAUCUGUUCAUAUUAGGUGAUCAAUCUGCUGGUUUUGGGGAAGGAUUCUGUGCACCAUCUGCCGGUGAAGGCUGAGCUCCUCAUGGUUCUCCAGAACCGGCCUCCAGGAGAACCCAGUCUGUUGAUGACAGCCAGCUAGCUGAUUGUUGGUUAAGCUGGUCACCAUGGCGACAGACGUGGGCUCGCCGCAGCGGUUCUUCCACAUGCCGCGUUUCCAGCACCAGGCGCCGCGACAGGUGUUCUACAAGCGGCCCGACUUCGCGCAGCAGCAGGCCAUGCAGCAGCUCACCUUCGACGGGAAGCGCAUGAGGAAGGCCGUCAACCGCAAGACCAUCGACUACAACCCGUCCGUCAUCAGAUACCUGGAGAACCGCCUGUGGCAGCGCGACCACCGGGACUUCAGGGCCAUCCAACCCGACGCCGGCUGCUACAACGACCUGGUUCCUCCUCUGGGAAUGCUCAACAACCCGAUGAAUGCUGUCACCACCAAGUUUGUCCGGACCUCUACCAACAAAGUCAAGUGUCCCGUCUUCGUCAUCAGGUGGACCCCUGAGGGCCGCCGGCUGGUGACCGGGGCCUCCAGUGGAGAGUUCACCCUGUGGAACGGACUCACCUUCAACUUUGAGACCAUCCUACAGGCCCAUGACAGCCCGGUGCGGGCCAUGACCUGGUCCCACAACGACAUGUGGAUGCUGACGGCGGACCACAGCGGCUACGUCAAGUACUGGCAGUCCAACAUGAACAACGUCAAGAUGUUCCAGGCUCACAAGGAGGCCAUUAGAGAAGCCAGCUUCUCUCCCACCGACAACAAGUUCGCCACCUGCUCCGAUGACGGCACCGUCCGGAUCUGGGACUUCCUGCGCUGCCACGAGGAGCGGAUCCUUCGAGGUCACGGCGCCGACGUGAAGUGCGUGGACUGGCACCCCACCAAGGGGCUGGUGGUGUCUGGCAGCAAGGACAGCCAGCAGCCCAUCAAGUUCUGGGACCCCAAGACGGGUCAGAGCCUGGCCACGCUCCACGCCCAUAAGAACACGGUGAUGGAGGUGAAGUGGAACCUGAACGGGAACUGGCUGCUGACGGCGUCCCGCGACCAUCUCUGCAAACUCUUCGACAUCCGGAACCUGAAGGAGGAGCUGCAGGUAUUCCGGGGCCACAAGAAGGAGGCCACAGCGGUCGCCUGGCACCCGGUCCAUGAGGGUUUGUUCGCCAGCGGAGGCUCCGACGGGUCACUGCUGUUCUGGCAUGCCGGGGUGGAGAAGGAGGUGGGCGGCAUGGAGAUGGCCCAUGAAGGGAUGAUCUGGAGUCUCGCCUGGCACCCUCUGGGUCACAUCCUGUGUUCUGGUUCCAACGACCACACCAGUAAGUUCUGGACCAGGAACCGACCCGGAGACAAGAUGAGAGACCGGUACAACCUGAACCUGCUUCCCGGGAUGUCGGAGGACGGCGUGGAGUACGAUGAUGUGGAACCCAACAGCCUGGCCACCAUUCCUGGGAUGGGCAUCCCGGAGCAGCUGAAGGCGGCCAUGGAGCAGGAGCAGAGCAGUAAAGAGGCGGCUGCCGAGGUGGAGAUGUCCAUCCCUGGACUGGACUGGGGCAUGGACGAGGUGAUGGGCCGGGACUCCAAGAAGGUUCCUCAGAAGAAGGUUCCGUACGCCAAACCGAUCCCGGCGCAGUUCCAGCAGGCUUGGGCGGAGAACAAAGUUCCCAUGAUGCCCCCGUCUGCAGAUCUGUCAAAGGACCGGAACCUGGAGCAGAAGGUGGAGGGGAAGAAGAAGACCCAGGCGGAGCUGGAGCAGGAGAUGGCGGCGCUGCAGUACACCAACCCCCACCUGCUGGAGCAAAUGAAGAUGAGCCAGAUGAACUCGGAUGGGAACAUGGGCCCCCCCCAGGGACCGGGCUCCAUGCCCCCCUUUCCGGGCCCCGGGGGGCCGGGCCCUCCUGGUCAGCAGGGCUACGCUCCAAACAUGCCUCACCAGCAGAUGGCGCCCCCAAUGGGCCCCGCAGGGAUGCAACAGCCCUUUAUGCAGCCUGGACAGAUGGGACCUCCUUCUGGACCCCCAUCUCAUCAGGGUCCCCCUCAAGGCAUGAUGGGCCCCUCAGACAUGCAAGAACCACAGAGACAUCCUGGCCCGCCGAGACACAUGGGCCCCCCAGGACCUCAUGGGAUGGGGCCCAGAGGCAUGCAGGGGCCCCCUGGUGGGAUGAUGGGGCAUCCUCCUCGAGGAAUUGGUUUAAGGGACCCUCAGGGGCCCCCGCCCCAAGGGAACAUGAUGGUUCCCCAGGGCCAAAUGCAGGGUGGAAUGAUGGGGCCCCCACCCAGGACACAUGGCAACAUGCCUAACAACUAUGGGAUGGGCAACAUACAGGGGUCCCAAGGAGGCAUGCAGGGGCCCCCGUACAUGCAGCACCAGGGCCAGAACUCGGGACCCAUGAUGCAUGGGAUGGGGCCCCCGGGGCCCAACAGCAAAGGAGACCAUAGAGGGCCGCCCCCGAACCACCACAUGGGUCCCACAGACCGGCAGGGGCCCGGAGGCCCGGGGGGCCCAGACCAAGGCUCUUACUGGGGAGACGGCCAGCAGGGCCGGAGGGGCCCCCAGGAUGGAGGACAGGACUUCCACAGCCGGGGGGAGGACAGCUGGAGGCCGGGGUACCAGGGGGGGGGCCACCGAGGGGGUGGGCACCGGGGGGGCGGGGCCUGGGGCUCCGACGACCGCUUCGGUGCGGGGGACUUCAGAGGACGGCGGGACGACAGGUUCCGAGGGGGCGGGGCGGGCCGAGGGGGGCGGGGCUACAGCGAGGACUAUGGCGGCCAGGAGGAGGGCUUUGACGGCGGCGAGGAGGUCGGCCGAGGCUGGGAGUCCGGGGGCCGAGGGAGGCCCCCCCGAGGAGCAGGCCAUGACGGGUUUCGGGACGACGGUUCGUCUCCGGGGGGGCGGGAGCGUCCCUCGUCCAUGCAGGGGAUGGACAUGGCGUCCCUGCCGCCCCGGAAGCGUCCCUGGCAGGACGGCCCCGGGACCGGGGACCACGAGGCUCCAGAAGGAGGCGGACGACCUCAGAGGGACGACGGCGGCUACGGCCCCCCGGGGCGGGGCGGGCGGGGCGGCUGGGGCCCAGGGGGGCCGGUGCUGAGGAGGGGGGGGCCGCCACCCAGAGGGGGGCCGAGGGCCGGCGGGCGGGGCCGGUAGGGCCGCUCACCGCCUCCAGACUGUUGGUCAUGUGACCUGCCUCUUCCGGGGGCGUGGCCACUGGGAGGGCGUGGCCACCUGUCUGAUGUAGAGACUCCAUUUUGUUUCUGCAGCGUUUUCUAACAGAUUUCUAUGUGUUUGUGUUUUCACCGAACUGGACAAUAAAGAUUCACAGUUGAACUGCU